GCGCCACCGGCGCCUGCGCGCACGCGCACCGCGCCCUGCGUGCGCCGCGCGCAGUUCCGGGUCGCGGCGGCCAUGGAGGCCGGGCAGGGCCCCGGCCCCGGCGGCGACACGGCCGAGAGGGAAGUACCAAAGCCUUAUGUUCCAACAGAGGAGGAAAGAAGACUCCUCAAGGAAUGUGCUGAAGAGAGUUUUCGGUAUAGAGCCUUUCCUUUGGCUGCAGUGAGCAUGCUUGGUACUAGUUUCUUAAUUAGAAAAGGUGUUCUAAGAGAUACCUCAAGAUUUGGCUCUUUUAUUAAAGUUGCAUUUGCUGGAAUGUGUGGAUACCUGGCUGGAAAGAUAUCCUACUUGCCUAUCUGUAGCGAGAAAUUUAAGAAACUGAAGGAUUCCCCAAUAGGAGAUGUUCUACGACAAGCUCAGAGACAUAGUUCACCUAAUCGUUCCAGUCGUAAAUCUGAAUUUUCAGACAUGCCUUCUCAGUCAUUUACUGAGUCAUCUUCUCCAAGAGCUGGAUUCCCACCUUCUUCUAGCUAUUCAGAUGAUUACAGCUCAACAGAUAGAGCCCUCUCAAGUUAUGAGCCCAUUCCAUUCAGUGCUUCUCUGAAUGAAUCUUCACCUACAGGAAUUACUGACUACACUGUUCAAGAACCUGCUCCAGUUCCAGAAGAAAGUCGUAAAAAAAAAGGCAUCACAUACGAGGAGUUAAGGAAUAAACACAGACAGACAUACGAUGUAAUGCAACCACCAAAGACAGAAACUCCAAGCAAGUUUUCACAGGAAAAACCAGCUAAGGAAGUUAAAGUAAAUAAAUAUGGAGAUACCUGGGAUGAGUAAGAGUCAAAUGAAGAUCUGAAGAAAAUUACCUCGUGUCAGCUAACUUGAACUUCAUCUAGAUUAGUCAUGAGUAUCAGCACCUUUGGUGUGCUCUGCCAGACACAACUAUUAAUAAAUGAGGAGAAAAUCCUGACUUUACAGAAAAUUUAAAAAAUGUAUUUAUGCUGAAUUUUUUUAAUUUUGCAUAAAUCAAAAACAAGGCUACUGUGAAGUGUCAUGACUGUAAACCAUUUGUGCUGUUGUUUAAGAAUGAGAAGGGUAACUGGUAAUACCAACAUAUAGCAUAAGGUAAAAAUACAUGUAAAUAAAUGCAAUCCCAUGUAUUGAGAAGGGAACAAUAUCAGAAUCUUCUCAAAUUUUCAAGACUUGCAUUAAAAGUUACCUGUAGAACUCAA